AUGAUACUCGGCCUUGCCAUCACUGCCCUUGCUUUCGUAGUGAUUUUGAUAUCGUGGAUUUACAAAAGAUUUUUCGAGGUAAGUUUUUUUUCCUCAAAAUCGGUUUUUCCGAAGAGCAAAGCCGACGGUGUGCGAUUCUUGCACGAUGCGCGCGAGCCGUUUCACGCUCUCUUGAUUGCAAAUGAACUCUUGACCUACGCAAAAUACAGGCUAUUUUUCAGCGUAAGUUUUAAUCUGUUAUGCGUGAAUCAUGUUUACCAAUAUCUUAUAUGUCUUUCUAUUAAAAUUUGUGGUCACUAACAUUCUCAAAACGUAUUGCUUUUCCUCCAGUAACCGUUGUCAAUGAACGUUGAAAAAAAAAAUCGAGCCCAUGAAUAAGAAAAAUAACUGGAAAGCUUGCUCAGAGGCUAUAAACAGAACAACUUAAGUUUUGGAAUGUAGAGACAAAGGACAGCAACUCCUUGACAUCAGCCUGUCGUUGUUUCAUAGAGGACAUAGAGAGGCUUCCUAGGACAUCGGAAACAGAGAAAAGAGUUCAGUCGUCAACCUUCUGUUUCAGUCUGUUUCAUUUUCUUUAAUUCGGACUCUCUUCAAGUUUAAUUUUUGUAGAAGGAAAAACUAAACCGUGAAAGAAAUAAUCACUGACUUUAAUCUGUGAUCGCUUAUAUUAUAGAUUUACUUCUGGCAAAAUGAUUCUGGGGAAAUUAUCGCAGGAACUGGCUUUAGGACCUUUUCACCAACACUCAUAGCAUUUAAAGAUGAAAGAUUUAAGAAAUUUGGAAUGUACUUGCUCCGAUUUUUACCCGGGCCUCCAAAACUGUAAGUAUUAUGAGUAAGUUCACAUUAUAUAAAGAUCAUAUCUGUAAUAUUUUCGACUCAGAUGUUUUUUUUGUUUGUUUUGUUUUGUUUUCAUUUUUUGGACUUUUCUCAAAUUUCCUAAGUUCAAUACUGCACAUUUUGAUUUUCGUUUUCGGUAGUGUCACGAAACGUGACACUCUUUGUCUUUUCAGUAGUUUUGGGGGACAAAUUGUCACUGGCCUUCACUCAUUUGCUUGUCAUCUAAGUAGACUCCACUAUUGCCAGAUUUUGUUUGGCGAGUGGUUUGGCUCGAAUAUUUAGCUGUACUUGCUAGUUUACUUUAAUGGCAAUAUCGUGAUUGUAUUAAAGCGUGACUAGGAUUUUCAAUUGUUUUGGCACAAGUUCUAUUCAUGUACCUAUUUUCUUUGUACUACUUCGUUAGAUCCAAAUAUGCGUUGAUUUUUCUCGUGACCACAGCAUCAUAACAGACCCACAAAUCGCUGUGAAAUUUAUGGCAAAACAGCAUAAGUACGAGCGUUUAAAAGACUUCAGAUUGGGAAGUGUGUUUCGCCAGCUGUUUGGUCACGCAGCCGGGACGGCAAGUGGUGAUGCCCAUAAACGGAUACGGAGUGCAUUUGACCCGUGUUACAGCACAGAGAGUGUGGCACAGGCAGUGGAUAUGAUGGAACAGGAAUGCAAACAGUACUUAAUUCAGAUGGUUCAAAACAAACAGGUAUUAAUGUACUGUUUCUGGCGCUUCGUAACCCGCCGAGGGAUUACUGCCUUUAAUAUAUGCUGAUGGGGUGUGCCACUGGAUGGGGUUGUAUUUACACCAAUGGAUUGACUACAGUGAGGUUGCUUUUAGAGUUUCUAGAAGGUGGUAACACAUUUUCGGGAUUUUGGUGGAUGAGAACAUCUCCUGGUAAAUAGGGGUUUAGAAAUGGAAAGAUUCGCGGUUUAAUAGUUGUUACCGCGACAAAAGAAAGUGACUUACUUGGGGUUCGAUUAUUCUAAAAAAUUCCUUGAAAACUGCGUUUUCCUAAAAGUGACUAAGAUGGAGUUUACAAUUAGCCAGCGACACAUAUCCAUCAUGAAUUGACCCAAGUACCCCCACCAUUUAAAGAAAAGAAACUUACUUUGCAGCCUUGUAUUUAGUUUUGUUUACUGAAUUCCCACUUCAAGUUUUGUCUGGUAUUAGCAUCUCUUCAUUUGAGAUCCGGCAAGAAAGAACCAGUCGGUUUUAUUUACGCUCUGAGUGGACCUCUGCAUUCAAGGGUAUUUAUUUUAACGUACUUUCGUUACCGGAUUUCGGUUCGAUGAAAACAACGUUUCCCAAAUGCCAUUACUCAAAAGUCACCCAAUUUCCAGGGUUUGUUCCCGAAUCUCACGCCUUUUUGCUCUAAAAACCCGAAUCCUGACCUUCUAAAGGUUCCAAUUAUCUGGUUCCUUAUUGAAAACCAUUUGGGGUUGGGGGCAUUAGACGGUCACGGUAACAGCAGCAAACGGAGCUUCCGGCUUCUGUUAUUGUUGUUUAAAGCUCUAUUUAACAAAUAAAGCUCAAGUGGAACCACGAGCCGCAGGCGAGUGGUUUCUAUGGUCUAUAAGAGUGUAGACCGUGGAAAAUUGUGGUCGAUUUGUUUUUUACAAUAACAUUUUUUUUUUCGAAAAGCCAAAAACAAAACAGCCGGCACUGCGUGACAUGUUACGUCAUUUCCAGGUUCUAUACUCUCAUAAACCAAAGCUCUCGACUAAUCAACGCGCGAGGAUUCGUUCAGUUAUUGUAAAAAGAGUGUUUGUGCCCAUCUCUGCAUGAUAUGCGUUGCGGGAUUAGAGAGCAUUAGAGAGAUAAAGCAUCACCCAACCUUAACGGGCAUACGCAAGAGGCAGAGAUGGGAAAGAUGACCACAUGACCAUCUUUCCCGCCUUGUUUGCCUUCGCCAUUUGCAGUCAUGUUACAACGUAACAGUAAGCGUUUUUUCACUAAUAAAAAACGGAAGCAAAGACGCUCUUUAUUAUGUCGGCAGUAUAGGGCAAACUUAGGAAACGCACUGCCUCAUACCCUUUUUUCAGAUCAAAAAUCCAAUGGGGUAACCACCAGGUCAACACACACUCCUUAGCACCUGUCAAUUUGUAAUAUGAAUAAGUCAGCACAUGGUCAGUCUCCUUUUUUUGCCAUCAUGCAACACUCCCCCCUAAAAAAGAAGACUACCAUCCCGGUGGAGGCGGGGGCACUCUACAGCGUUUUAUACAGGGAGGCUGCGCCCGAGGUUCCACCGGUCUUACCCGUUUAUAUACCAUUUUUGGCACGACUACCAUAAAUUCAGCUUGUGAUAUCCGUGGCUUGUUUCACCAUUUCAGGGUUUCAUAAGAAUGGCUGAUCUGAUUCAACUGACGUUUAAAAUACUAAUGAAGUUCACAUACGGAAGAGACAUGACUGCAGACGAGCUUCAGGAGUUACUGGAUCUCAGAGCUUUAGUGGAAUCACUUAUCGCAGAUACUUUCUCAAACCCUUUUGUCAAGUUUCCGCUUUUUAAAUACAUGCCUACAAGCACUAACAGCAAACUGGCGCAAUUUGAAAAGCGGUGGCUGCAAUUCAAUAAGCGGUAAGAAGGGUUCAUUUUAUGUUAGUUAACGCAAACAAGAUAGUUAUGUCGGAAGCAAAGGAAGAGUGAGAAGUCUACUUCUCCGUUUCCAUUUUGAUUUUGUAGUUAGUUUUUGUACCCUUUUUAUAGCACGGCCUUGACCAUUUCAACCAAUAGGCAUAACCAGGCUAGCAAUGGGCUAACUUUUCACGAUUUGUUCUUCCCUUGAGAGAGUCGCUUGAUUCUAGGGUAUAGUAUGAGAAUAGGUCACUUAGAAUACUAAGUUUUAAUUUUAGUUGAGUUUUUACCAAAAAAUGUGAAACUCAACCUGACAACGCCCUUUUAAAAGAGAACUUUUUUGAAGUAGUUUGGGCUUUUAGGACUUAACUGGUUACCUAAUACACAUGUUUCUUUUGAACUUUCUGAGUUGUAGACGUUUCACAUCCACCGAUUCAAUCACAAUUCCUUUAGGGCGUUAGUUACAUGUAAAAAAGCAGCACUUCUUGCCGUGAUUCAAAUUUUACUAAAAGACUGUUUUUGUGUCUAGUUUCAAGAAACCCUGGAGGAAGCUUCCCUUGCUAAUGUAGAUAUCACAUGCGGAGCUGUGGCCUGGCUUCUAUUCCAUGUAGCACUUCAUAAAGAUGUGCAGAAAAAUCUUACAGUUGAAGUCAAGCAUUCCAUUUCACGCGGAGUAUGUAAAUAUUUUAGCGAAUACUUUUUCUUUCGUUGAAGCUGAGUGCAGUAAAAGAAAUAGCGGAAAGUCUGAGGAGUAUUUUUAUUUGUUUGUCUGUCUUCCCUUCGAUAAAGCCAAUACUUUAUAUUUGAAAGACCCGAAGAGCCUUACGAUGUAUUGAAAACAGAGUUCCGAUUCCGCUUAUCACUCCGUCGAUUACGAUUAAUCGGGGAACGAGCUAUCAGCAUCUUUUUACAUCCAAAAACCACAGCAACGUUAAAACGGAAGGUGUUUUAAAAAAGUGUCAGAUAUUUCGCGAAUGCUUGCUCAUUUUCUGACCGGCUUAUAACAGAUGGAAAAGUUUUCUUUGUGAUUUUAUAGUUUCAAUUUUUAAAUAAAAAGAAUUUUUUCCUGUGAGCAGGCUUCCUCACGAAUGAUGAGGGAGGCUAUGAGCCUUUGGCUGAUGCCACGUGAUAAUAAAAUUCAGGACUAGAAUUUUUUUCCGAGAAUGUCCAAAUGUCUAAAUGUCUUGUUGUGUUUGUUUUCUUAUUCAAGUUUAUUAUCUUUUUAGCUUUCAGAACCGUUAAGCUUAGAGACACUAACUAAACUGGAUUUCCUGGGUAAGGUGGUAACAGAAUCAGCUAGGAAGAGACCCGUAACGGUGAUAAGCACUCCAGAAUAUGUGACUUGUCCAAUGGUUAUUGGGAAUUUCCAAAGUCCCCCAGGGGUAAGUAGUGAUUAGCGUGCAAAAUCAGGGCUCCUGGUUAUUAGGAUAUCUUACGGCCUCCAGAAGCGCGUGAAGAGUACGUGCCUAGCUCCCUGCCUUCUUUGGGUUUUCGAAAGCUGUUUUUAAGGCUUGGUUUCACGUGACUUCAUCUUAGGCAUUCAAAUAAGAAGCUUAAGCAACGAUGAGGGCGACGGCAACGAAGACGGCAAAAAAGCAAUAGGUUUAGAUUGGCAAAACGUGCAUCACGCUUUUGUGUACAUUUCUUUGCCGUCAAUGCACGACUACGACUUGAGACGUCCUUAUUUCACGUUUCACUUUUCCUUUUCCUGAACUUUAGUGCAGUCUUUCAGAAUGCAGCUCCGGAAAAAUUUUCCAGUAUUUGAUGAAUUGGGCGAGGUGGAAUAAGGGCGAUUAAGUUUGAAGCAGAGCGAAUUCACUUUUUAGUGACGUUUUCGUAGCCGUCCCCUUCUUUGUUGCUUAAGCUCCCUAAUGUCAUGACGCCGACCGUAUACUCGCUUGACCAACGCACCAGUGAUCAUGGAGACCGCGUUGAAAAAUGGUCAAACAUCUAACAUUUAUCUUGGUUAAGCUCAUAAAUCCGAGAAUAAAUCAUUUGCACGUGACGUUGCGGCGGCCGUAUUUGCGACUUUCACGUUGCCCAUAAUGCACUUUGUUUGCCCUACAACAUUUUGCUUAAGUACUCUUUUCAAUUUCUCUUGGGACUAAUAAUCAUUCUUGAAAAAUUAAAAACAAAACUUCUGCCAAAUCUUGUGGGGAAAGCAAAUUGCAAUAUGGGGAACAUAAAAAUCGCAAAUUGAUGUACAAAAACAAUGAAACGGCGGCCAUAUUGGUAUACCUCCCCCCAAAAAAAUCGUGUGGAAAUUAAACUCUUUUUUCAGCAAAAAAUUCCUUUUGUUCCAUGAAGUUUGUGUAGCCACUGAUCACAUGAGUGAAAAUGACCCAUAUCAAAGGAAAAAUCUAUACAGACAGUCAUUUUUGUCUUUCCUCCUACGUUUGUUUAUUCAAUUGUGCAAUUAAUGAACUAAACAACUAAAGAAACAACAAUGAACAACUAAAGAACUCAUGGUCAAUCUCGUAGCCGGAAUUUGGUCAACGGGGCAAGACUCUGGAUACGAGAUUGAUCCAUGGUAGAAACAUGAUCUCUGACGAUCAUCAUUGCCAAACGUUAACCAGAGUUUUCGAGAUGAUGUAACUGUUUUCAGCUACGUCAAACACUGUUCCCGUUUGUUUUUAGGUCGAAGUAUCUGUUGACAACAGUGCAGUCAAUAGCAACUCAGAAGUCUGGGGCGACACCGAAACUUUCAAUCCCCGAAGAUUUGAUGACGAAACACCGAACAUGCGCAAAAGCUUGUGUCGCUUCGGUAUUGGAACGCGAAGGUGUAUGGGAUACCGGGUUGCAGACACCUUUAUGAAAGUUUUACUGGUUACAUUGCUGGAAAACUACUCCGUUGCCCUGGAGACGGACGUGAGAGGUGAUGAUGACAGUGUACCCGUUCAAAACGUUGGGCCAUUCUGCUUUCCGUGCGUGGACUUCAAAGUUCAAGUUGCGCAGAAAAAUGUUACUUCUUAA